AUGUCUUCUAUUCGCCGCCUCGUCUCUUCGGCUUUUCCUCCUCCGACCGCGAAACCUCCCCCACCGUUUUUCCGACCCACUAUGCCUGUUGAACGCACUCGAGGGUCUCGCAGGACAACCGCCGAUGGGAACAACCUGGUUUGGACGGAGCCUUCAACCGCUCCGGGCAUCUCUUUCGCGACAAAUGUCACGCCAACGACGUUUGUCGCAGACCAACCAGCCUCUGGCCAGACUUUCUUCAUGGUCGAGCCAACACCACCCUCAACCGCCCCCCGUCGCUCGCAUAAACGCCGUUCAGCGUCCACUCCUUCCACUCCCAACGCCAAUCUGAGCACCGAUCCUCAUAUUCCGCGCCCGCCCAACGCUUUCAUCCUCUUCCGCUCGUCGUUCGUCCGCGCUCGCACCGUCCCAGCGACGCUUGAACCCUCCCACUCUGCCUUGUCUGCAAUUGCGGGCAUGACCUGGGCCCAGCUUCCAAAGGAGCAAAAGGCAAUGUGGCACGCUAUUGCGCGCGAGAAGCGGCAGGAACACGCCGAGCGCUUCCCCAACUACACCUUCCGGCCCAAUCGACGCUCGGUCAGCGCGCCUGUGAAGCAGCGCAAGCCGAAAAUCAAGCUUGAAGACGACGGGAGUGGGGAGGAUGACGGAUUCGUGGCCAAACCGGUGCGCGAUUUGGCGCCUGCCGACCGUGACCGUGCUGCCCAUAUUGCGGACUUGCUUGUGGCGGGCUUCCAUGGCGAGAGUCUGGGCAAGGGCGUCGAGCUGUACGACGCGACAAGGGGCAAGCAAGGCCCAGAAAUUCGCUUCAGCGUUGUUGAGACACCUGAAGAUCGGCGCAAGCAGGUGAAGGAGCGCAAGACAGCCAAGGCGGCAACGAGACAACGGGUUUCGUCAACCGCUUCUAGUCCUGGCCCAUUCGACUUCGAAGUCGCUUCUUCACCUUCUCCUUCGACAUGGUCAACUUGCUCGUCGCCUAUUGACUGCCCAAGUCCCAAUUACUCGUCUUCCUUCGAGUGGCCUGCUCCUUCCAGCGAUGUCUUCGACUUCAGCGCUUACGACUUCGACUCGCUGCCUGGCACUGCUCCCGCCUCACCAGCACUCUCAUUCGCCUCCACAUCGAGCGCGUCAUCUGGCCUGCUGUCCACGGCAACUUCCUACGAGAACUUGUCCGCCCAAUUCGCCGCAGACGAGCUGCUCGAUCUCAACUUACUGGGCCUCGACAUGUCCCUACUGGACUUCAACGCCUGUUCUCCCGAGUUUGCGCCCCCCGCGACGAUUUCGCUCCCGCAGCUCGACCUUUCCCACCCGGGAGUCGUUUUCAGUGACGAGCACUGGCAAUAG